AUAUAUUUGUAUCAUGAAAAGAGAACAGAGAUAAUUUCAAAUCCUGCCUCCCCACUGGUUAUGAUCCCUAUUUUUCUUUACUUUUGAGUUCGAUCAUAUUCCGGUUCGAUCCGAUUGUCGAGCGAACCAACCGACGUCCACACCCCGAGACUGAUAGGGUUUAAGUAUCGUACUUUUCGUCUUUCUUGAGUUCGCCGACAAGGAAAAUAAACCUAAACAACAAACCCUAACACCCUCGUCUCUCUCGAUUAAAGUUUACUAUCCCGCCGUCGGAAUGUCGAAGUCGAAAGCAUUCACCUUGACGUCCGACCAAAUAUUCAUCACACCAUGCGUUAUUUGCAGUCGUACUCUUGACGUCUACUGGUACAAGGGCGACCUGAACGACGAUUUCCAGGGGACGCGAGGGGCACAAACCCACCGCCAGCAUUGGGACAUCAGUAGGCAAGUCCGCGUCGGCCCUAUGGAGGAACAAUACAAGGCGCUACAAGUUUUCGGGACCACGGUUAAGAGAAACAAGCUCAGAAGGCUUGUGAAAGAUCUCAUUAAGAUGCGAGCAGGCUCCGCGAUGGGAUUCAACGUUUUCGUGAACCGCAUCGGCCUCUGCAUAAUCAUCCCGGUAAAUGGCGGCGGGGCCCUGCGGAUCAACGAUCUCUUUGGCUGGUCCAGGUACGGCGUGAAACUGCCCCGUGACGUCGGCACCGGGUACACCGUGUGGGACAGAGUCGACAUGUACACCAGAGAAACCGUGCUGGACGUUCGAGGAAUGGUGAGAGCCGGCAAUGAGCUGGCGGCGCGCAGCAAGCAGAUUAUUUCGAGCAAGUUGGAGAAGGAGGAAGAGGUGGAGAAGUUCACGGAUCGCCCUGAUGAUCAGGAUAGAUGUGACGAGAAGUUACUUGAUCAACACAGUAACAGAGUGACGAGCAUUGGCAUGUACACUGCGACGAAGGUUGGAGGAACUUUCAGCUCUGCGGAGGAAGGCAACCAGGAGCUCCGACAGUGGUUGGAGGAGAAGAGCGCAGAAUUGAUGGCAUGCAAGAAGGAAUUGGAAUGGAGCAAGAAAACGGAGUCCCUUUUGAGCAAGUUAGUGGGCAAGGUUAGUGUUACUGGCCGAGAUGACUUCCAGCUGGAAGCCACUCAAGCUAGAAGAGAAGUUGUGUCAUUGAGGGCCAGAUCUGAAGCUGCUCUUGCAAUAAGGCAGAGAACCUUAAUUGAAAGGGAGACAGCUGCAAGAGAUGCCGGAGCUGUUCUCGCCGAACGAGAGGCAGCCGUUGCUGCUGCUGAAGCAACUCUCAAUAAAAAUUUCUCCGGUGUAAGGGAGAUGUUGGCAACUGCAGCUGAAGAUGCUGUCCGCGCUAGGGAGGUCGCUGUAAGCAAAAGGGAGGCAGCUGUCCGCGCUAGAGAGGUCGCUGUAAGCCAAAGGGAGGCAGCUGUAGCAGCUGAUGAAGCUGCUGUCCGCACUAUGGAGGUCGCUGUAAGCCAAAGGGAGGCAGCUGUAGCUGCUGAUGAAGCUGCUGUCCGCGCUAGAGAGGUCGCCGUAUCUGCUCAAGCUCAACCGCGAUACGACGAUUAAAGAAUAGUUGAACAAGAUAUGGAACGAUACUUGUAAGUCUUCAACACUCGUCUAUUUUGCGGUUGAUAUAUUGUUUUCUUUCAUGAUGUCAAUCCCACAUGUUGAGUUACUUGAUCUCUAUUAGUUAGAUGGCUGAUUCAAAGACUGGUAGUUCUAUGAGGAAGUUUUAUUGAUAUUUAUUACUAUUAUUAUGUCCAAUGUAGUUAAACUAUAGUUUUUAUGUAUAAGCGAAAUGAUGGGUACAAACUUAAGCGUAAAAGCGGAGCGUAAGAACGUAAGUUUAUAUGAACCAUUGAAAUUGUAAAAAAGCAACUUAAAAGAC